AUGUCCCAGCAGCUUAUAGAACGGUUUUCACAGGGUCCCCAAGAGGACCCAGACUCGUCGCUCCCGUUGGAUCCAACGGCCAUCAACUCCACCGGUCUCGAUGACCCGCAGCUGUCAGAUCCCACUGCAAUCACCGCCCGCACCCGACGUCCGCAAGUCAAACUCACGGCUGAAAAACUGUGUUCCGCAAAAGGCCUGCCGAAAGUCAUGAAAGAAGCACCCAAAAGAAUACGUAUCUCCAAGCGAAGGUCGUCCUACGAAAACCUUACACAAUUUCUGCAAUUCUACCAGCUUUGGGCCAACGACCUGUUUCCUAAAGCAAAGUUUCACGACUUCGUGGCUAUCUGUCGAACUCUCGGAAAGACUGACAGGGAACUCAGGGAGUACAGAAUCGAACUUUUACGCCAAGAGCUGGGAAUCUGGUCGGUAGGAGAGCCAGAAUUGGAAUUGGAACCUGAAAUUCAGCACCAAGACUCCGCGCCAGUGUUGCCAAACAAUCAUCUCGACAUGCCCCCAUCAGAUCCUCCGUCCCCCAGAGAACCCUCGUUGUUUGUCGCAGAUGCGAACCAAAACUCUUCAAUGAUGCCGAACUCAGACGACGAAAUGAUCUACGACAGAAGUCACGCAACACAACCCACAAGUUCAAAUGCUCUACAACAAACGCAGGAACCUGCUCCUCUCACAGCCCAAUCAGCAGAAAAUGAAGCAGAUGAUCCUCCAGAGUUUUCGGAUUCUGAAAUAAACUCAGCACUGUUUCAUCAAAUAACAAAUCAGACUCGAGAAGAUGACCAUGAUGAGGACGAAGACGAAUUGGCGCUAAUGCGCGAAUUUGGUAUGUGA